AUGGCAAGACACUUGAAGUUCAUUGCCAGGACUGUGAUGGUGCAGGAAGGGAACGUGGAAGGUGCCUACAGGACCCUAAACAGAAUCCUCUCCAUGGAUGGGCUCAUUGAGGAUAUCAAGCGACGCCGGUACUAUGAGAAGCCUUGCCGCAGACGACAGAGGGAGAGCUAUGAAACCUGCCGGAGGAUCUACAACAUGGAAAUGACUCGCAAGAUCAACUUUUUGAUGCGAAAGAAUCGGGCAGAUCCAUGGCAAGGCUGCUAA